CUGAAGACUGUCUACUUAUUCCCAGCCUUUGCUUUGGUAUCGCCAUGGCCGGGCAUAGCGCUAUGUUGCGUACCAAGACAGGCUGCUUGACAUGCAGGGGUAGACGCAAGAAAUGUGGUGAAGAAAGACCUCGUUGCCAGAAAUGUAUCAAAUCUAACAGAAUUUGUUCGUGGCCGGGCAAAGAAGAGCUCCGAGACCGUCGGUACACACGGGCAUUGAGAGUAUCAGCGUCGCCACCGAGCACUCCAGGUACUACCUCUUCUCAUGAGGCGCCACUGUCAGCAACAAAUCCGUUGUCAAAGACCAGACAACCGGCGUCCACUCUUUGCCGCGAGCUUAGUAUCAACACGGAUCUGUUUAAUUCGAUCAAAUUCAAAUCGGAUCUCGAGGUUGAUUGCAUGCGGAAUUUCUUCCUAGACUUUCUACCGUUGUCGCUCUUGUCUUCUGCACAUUCUGGAUUCCAUUCGUCAUACAUCCCGGAAAUAGUCCAUAUGUUGCUUGAAUUUGACGGCCUGAAAGAUAUUAGUGUGGCCUGUGGCGCUGCGCGACUCCACGUUGCAACUGGAAAUGUGCAACUACAUCAAGCCGGUUUUGCAUAUUACUCUCGCGCAAUGUCUCGGAUCAAUCGAGCGCUCAGCAAUAUCGAUUGGAGCCGUGAUCAUUACAAUGAUGCUAUAAUGACGACUAUCAACUUUCUCUACAUUCAUGGGGUUUUCGACAAGGGCACAUACAAGGAUAUCCCGAAACAUGUGAACGGCGCCAUCCAGCUAAUCAAUCUUCGCUGCCGCAACUCAAAAUCAUCUCCACUGGCACGACCAAUCCACCGCAUUCUCUGGGAGUCUGUCCUCUACCAAAUGUUCCGUCAGACUGUUCGACAUCCAUUCGUGAUCGACUUUGAGCCUGACCUGGACUUCGCAACAAAAGCAGAGAAACUUUUGCGGUCGUUGACAUUUCCCGAUGCUUCGCCUGCAGAUAACAGCCCAGUGAUUGGUUUCCCCUUGGGACUCCAGAAACUUAUCAUCGAAGUAGUUCAACUGUGCAAGACUCCGUCUCGGCCGGAAGAUCGUGUACUACAUCGACUGCACGAAGAGAUGGAACAAUGGGAAACAUCACUCCCUGAGGAAGGUUGCUGCGUCGACGAGGGUAGCGAAGCUGAUGGGACAGGAAUUCAUAUACAAGAAACUCGGUCGUUCUAUGAGCAUUCUACUAGCUUGCACAUACUUUCGGUAUCCCUUCUUCUAGACUGGGUUUCCAAGUCUACUGCAGUCUCUGACCCUAUAAACCAUCAUCUGACACCCUCCGGAAAGUCGUGGCAGUUGAGCAGGGCACUGCAGAUAAUGCAAUGCCCUCGGAUCAAAGAAGACUGGUCAAAGUGCUAUCUCGGCUCGUGGCCGGCUCUUGUUUUUGGCUAUGCUGUCGAUUCACCCGAAGAUGUCGCUGUGAUACGACAAGACCUGCAACACAGAUACCAGGCGAUAUAUUCCGGAGAGGAACUUUCAUUCCUCGUUGAGCUAGAGGAAGUCUGGCAGAAAAGAGGCAUUCUGUGACUCUGAUCUAAGCAACAUUCUGCGAUGUGCGAAUCUAUCUUGGUGG